AUGAGCCGCAUUGAAGACAGCAAAGAGUCACUACGCAACUCUACAAUCCCCAAUGCAACUGGCUCCAGCGAGGUCUAUGGGGUCAAUCUCACCCCCAGCAAGUGGGCUGCGUACGGCAAACGCAAAGCGGAAGGCUGGUACGCACGUAACGGCACGUACACAUUGGCUCAGUUGGACAGUGAAAUAGCCCGACUUGAGAGCCUCUUGAGGUCUUACGAGCUGGCAAGCUCGUUAGUUGAUAAGGACAAGGAUGGAAAGCCACAGUACCCAGUGGCGGGUGCUUUACGUCCGUCGCAGAGCCUUGAGGACAGUAAAGCCAAGGUCGAAGCCGCUAUGACAAGCUUGUACGAGAAACAAGCGGCCUCGGCUGGCGUUAUCUAUAAUCUUCAGCAAGGCAAGCCGGGAGACCAGGAGAAAGCCCAAAAGGAAGUCCUUGACGCCCAAAAAAAGCUUCAGGCUGCUCAAGACCAGAGUAAAACAAACCAGCAAGCUUGGAAUGAAUACACUCAAAUCGCUCUUACCGAAACCACCAAGAAAGAUGCGCUCAACUGGUUCGACAAAAAAGAAACCACAAUUAAGCAGGAGCUGGAUAGGCUCAAGUCGCUACGCGUAACCAAGGUUGAAGACGAUACAAACAAAGCCACAAGCGUACCGGUAAUUGUGUCUACAACAGCUCCAGCUGAUAAGAAUGAAGAGCCAACAGGUACAACACUGGCAGCUCGAGGUUCGGAGAUGGCCAAUCCGGUUUUCAAAUCUCCUUCGGACCAGCCUCUGACUGCACAAGACGCAGACCCAUGGACAAACAUUAUCUUUUCCUACUUUGCUUCAGAUGUCAGUAAUCAUUCCAAAGAGUCAUAG